CAAAUUUCUUUAUUCCACUGUGUGCGGGCAAAACUGUCGAGGAAUAAUGAAACGUCAUCGCCAUUUAAGACGCAAGUGAGAAAGAGAUGCCAGAUAAUUGUUUACGAACUUAGCACGUGCGGUGGUGGGUUGAAGCUGACAAAUUUUACAGUGCGCUUCGGUCAGCACGGCAGGUCAAAACUGAGUCAAAAUCGAGCGAAUAAAGAAGGGUUUUGACAGUAGUUAGUGCGCUUCCAGGUCAAAACGAGGUGCGCUGGUAGAAUAAAGAAAUUCGCUAUAGGUGAGGUUUUACUCAAUUUAGAGUGAAAAUAGACAAGCGAAUCUUGGUAAUUCUGUUCAACCGUGUAACAUUGACAAGUUCAAUGUUUUGUCUAUCGUUUUUGUCCAUAACAUCGCGUGGAAAUUUAGAUAACAUAUAGACCACAAAUUUAUAAAAAUGAAUAUUAUAAACCGAAUUUGGCAACCAUCGAUACAAAUUUGUAAAUUUUCAAAUGUUAUUCGGUUUGGUAUGGUACAUUUAUUAAGAAAAAGUUGCGGAGCCGAAAUUCAGUCAAUCUCGUCGGUAAAAUGUUUCUCACUAUCUAGUCGUCGAUUCGAUUUGUCAGAAUUUUUCGAAGAUAAGAAAAACCUUGGAGAGAAUGAGGUUAAACAUGGACGGGCUUGGACUAAGGAUGAAUUGAGGAUUAAAGCUAAUUCUGAUUUGCAUAAAUUGUGGUUUAUUCUGCUGAAAGAACGGAAUAUGUUGCUUACCAUGGAGCAUGAGUGUAAUGACAAAAUGGAGCUCUUUCCAAGUCCUGAACGACUCGAUAAGGUCAAAGAAUCUAUGGAAAAUAUAGAACAUGUUGUUCGCGAACGUAAUCGUGCUUACUACGAGCUUGGAACAGGUGAAACGGGAGAACGUCCUGGCAAGCUGGAGUAUAACCAACUUGGCCUGAGAUUUUACUAUAGAAUGUUUGAACACGUCAUCCCCAAGCACCGAAACGGAAAAUGGAAUCAAACACAUAAAUUUUUCUAUAAAGGAGCAGCGGUAACAAAAUUUUUGCGGCUUUACCGAGAAAAACUCUAUAACGUAAAACGAAAACAGAGGAAUCGUGACCGAAAUGAAGUGAUGCAUUUACUGAAAAGGUUUCCAAAUAUGGAUAGAAAUAUCAUUGCCGCAAAAUAUCCGUCGGUGGAUAUAGAUAAACUAUCAAAAUUGGAUAAAAUACGAGGAAAUUACGAUCCUGUCAAGGUAUGAGUUGGCCCAAUCAAAUAAUGUAGGUAGUUAAU